AUGGAACGAGCCUCCCAGAGCCAGCCAGAUGCCAUCGCCGAGGGCAGGCGCAUCUACAUAGGUAACCUCCCUUACGAGGCCAAGCCCUACGACGUCGAGGAAGUCCUCUCCAGCAAUGGCUUCGGCAAUCUGGACAAGAUUCACAUCUCCAUCGACCCUGUUAGUGCCCGAAACCCGGGUUACUGCUUUGUCGACUUUCCCGACCGCGAGACUGCUCAGAGUGCUCUUGAGUCGUUGAGUGCAACUAUCCGUGGACGGUCCAUCAAGGUUGGUCCUUGUGAACCCAAGAAACCUCGACGUAACUUUGGGGAUGAGCCUGCUACGUCUCGUCGAUGGGGCGACUGGCGCACCAAGCCAGAUGAAGGCGGGGUUCCUAUCGGGCAAUUGAACAACAAGGGAGAGGAGAAGGGUCCUUACUGGGCGAUGGAUCACUUUGAUGAUGCCAUUCGCAGUGAAGAGGUUCGGAGGCUCUAUGUCGGUGGCCUGGGCAAGAUGAUUGACCAAGCUCAACAUCAACGUGAAAUCACCGAGAUUUUCACUGGCUUCAACCCAACUGCAAUCGGCAAGCGGAUCACACCGCAUGAGAGCACCAGGGCACAGCCCGGCAGACAUCAUUACUGCUUUGUGGACUUUGAAACUAAGGAGGAAGCUCUCGCCGCAGCCGACGCUCUGAACGGCACCACCACAGGAGGCCCGCUCAAGGUGUCUCUGGCGGAAAAGACCCCUGCUAAGCUGGUGGCUCGGCAUCCAGAUAGGAGGAAUGGUCGUCGAGUGUAUGACAGGGCUUACGCGCGUCCAGGAAACACUGGAUCUGAAGAUGCGACGGAAGCGAGUAAUGCGAUGGCAUCCAAUAACUGGCGCAGAAGAGAUUAG